AUGGCGUCAGGUGCAACGACUAUCGAUGAAUCAGCCUUCCGCCAAGCGUUGGAUAAAUUCCGAUUGAAGAUAACUCCGGAUGAAGCGCUGGACUUUCAGCUCACAACGGUUGAUGAUUUGAAGAGCGCCAUCAAAGACCUCCAAGCCGAGCAGAUGGCGGAACGAAAAAUGAGGAACCUCAGGCGUGUCCAGAACUUUGUGCUGGCAAUGGAGCAGUUUGAGCAGAUUAUUUCAGUAUAUUUGAACGCGUCAGAGUUUGUGGGUUUCGUCUGGGGCCCUAUGAAAUUCAUCUUAUUGGUCGCCAGUUCGUAUGCUGCCGCGCUUGAUGCCGUACUCGGAAUGUACGAAACAAUAGGAUUGAAUCUUCCUCAACUUGAGCAGUACCAAAGCCUCUUUCAAGCUAAUCCGCACAUGCGAACAAUCCUCCAUCUGAUCUAUGCCGAUAUUCUCCGGUUCCACAGAAAGGCGCUCAAGUUUUUUAAGCAACGAGUAUGGAAGCAGGUCUUUCAAGCCACUUGGAAGACAUUGAGUGUGAGGUUCUCCCGCAUAACCGACAGCUUCCUGCUGCACAAAUCAUUGCUGGAAAGUCAGGCAAACCUUAUCCAGUUCGCGGAAUAUCGAAAAUUUGUGUCUGAAGAGAAGGAGAAUCAUCGGCGACGCAAGGACGACGAUGACCGGAGAAAGCAAGUUGCUGUGCGCGACUGGCUGCAGCCGGCCAACACUUCGGGCGAUCAAGAGAAGCACUCUGAACAGCGUUUGCACCAUCCUGAAUCGGGUAAAUGGAUAUUGAGCAAUAUCCACAUCCGAGCAUGGUCCGAUCCGAAUGUCACUUCAACUCCACUGCUUUGGCUGACUGGUAUACCCGGAGCCGGGAAAACGAUUCUCGCCUCGCUCCUAAUUCAAAAGUUGCGAACGCGGACCCCUACGACAUGCGUUAUUUUCUUCUAUUUCAAGCACGGUGAUCCGGAAAGAAAUUCCUUUCUCUCCAUGGCGCGAAGCCUUUUGGGACAGCUCUUGAGAUAUAACAAAACCUUGCUAUCACAUCUCCACGAAAAGGCUACAGAUAGCGAAACUAGCACGCUCAAGUCUGUUUCAGAAGCUCAGGAUUUGCUAGCUCUCGCGCUCAGAAGCGUCAAGGGAGUGUACAUAGUUCUGGAUGGUAUCGACGAAUGCGUAGCGGAACAGAGCAGGAAGGUUAUCUCAUGGGCAAGACAAGAGACCGAGUUGAUCAAUAAUGACUCGGGGGAUGCACGCUGCUUCUUUAUCAGUCAGGAUGACCAAACCUGCAACAAGAUACUGAGGGACAUUCCGACCAUCAAGAUUUCUCAAGAAGACAACUUGAGCGAUAUUCGAGCGUACUGCGAUGCUCUUAGUCAGUCAUGGACCAAGAAGUUUGACAUUCCAGCAACAAAGCAAAAGGAGAUCGUGGAGGCUAUUGUGCGUAACGCGUCCGGAAUGUUUCUCUUCGCAAAGCUAGUCAUGCACAAUGUUGGGAGCAGGAUAUCGAAAGAGGAUUUUCUUAAAGAAACAAGCUCGAAGGUGCUCCCUCAAGGUUUGAACGAAGCUUAUGGUCGGAUAGUAUCAGGCGUCUUGAAAGACCAAGACGAAAGCCGAGCCAAGUACGCAAGAAAAGUGCUUGGCUGGCUGGUGUGCGGAAAACGAUCACUCAAGUGGCACGAGAUCCAGGGCGCCAUCUCUACCGACAUUGACACCAGAACAAUCGACUUCGAAAAUCGGAAGCUCUCGGUGGACUCCAAGCAAUUAUUUGGCUCUCUGGUAGAGAUCCAAGAUGGAGGCGAGGUCGAGCUCGUUCACACCACCGCCAAGUUCUACCUUCUAGAUAGUGGCCAAGUGGCUGAGAGCAAAGAAGCAUAUGGUAUGUGUCGGCUGUGCUUGGUUUAUCUUAGCCACCCUUGUGUCGACCACCAGCUAAGCGGCGAGUCACUGAACAAGUACGUCUUGCAAGGAUACUACGGAUUCCUCGAUUAUGCUGUUGCAUAUUGGGUGAGCCAUUUGGAAAGUUGCCUUGCACACACCAAGGACUAUGAUGAUCGCUCGUUUGAGUCUCUUGGCCGUGACUUGCAGCUGUUUCUCGAUCGACAUUUUCAAGAAGGGUGUCGAUAUCCAGUAUCGACUAAGACUCAGAUCAAGCUAAGACCUUUCAAGAAGGAAACAUAUUAUGACAGGCUGGCCCUGGCAUUCGAGUACUGGCAACAAGAGACUACAAUCAUUACCACAAAGUCAGACGGUCGCCCGGUCCUCGAUUUACAGGCAGCAAUCAACGCGAUUCGCUCCGAGCUUGAAUCAUUGUGGUCUGACCAAAAACUUCCACGACAAAUCUACGGCGGAAGUAUAUUCAAAUGCAGUCGCCUGUAUUGCAACUUUUUUUUCGAAGGGUUUGGUGGGCCAACCGAAAGGGACCUUCAUAUCAAAGAACAUGAACGCUCAUAUACUUGUCAAUUCCCCAACUGCCCCGCGUCCCAGAUGGGUUAUGUGAGCAGAAAGGAUCUGGACCGGCAUCUUUCAAACUCCCAUCACAUCCCUGAGCUGACCGCUGAGUUUCCCAUAUUCCAGGACCCUUCAUCCAUUGACAUCAUGCAUGCCUGUAAAACUGGCAAUUUGGCUAUGGUCGAAAGGUGGGCGGCACAAUUCAGACCCUCUGAACUAGCCGAGAAAGCUGGAUUAAUGGAAGAAUCAAUCAAAUCCGCAAUGGGUUUAGCUGUCGCAAACGAACACUUCUCUGUUGUCAAGUUACUCUUGGAGCAGACUUCAAGCCCUGCUGAUUACUUGCCCAAUGUCAUUCGGUUAGCUUGUUCCCUCAAUAGGAACUCAAUCCUGAGAUCAGUCCUCGACAUGAAUAUCGAGACAAAGCCGGUAAAAGGCCUCGAGAAACGGCUGGGGCAUUGUGUGCACAAACUUCUACGUCGAUACGAGGAUACACUGGCGCGAGACCUAUUGAAGUAUCUGGUCAGCAAUGAAAUCACUCCUCGGUUUAGCUGGCUGGAAACGGCAACCAAAGUCGGAUGUUUAACGACUAUAGGAUAUUUAUUCGAUACCUGCGGCAACUAUUUUCCAGACAAGGGUAGUAUCUGUAUUAAAGACGCUGCAAAGUUUGGCAAAUUAGAGGUUUGUCGCCUGUUGAUUCACCACGAGUCCUCAAGGCUCAGCAUCGGAGACAUCAAGAGGGCCUUAGAAGCAGCUGCGGCGAAUGGCGAAGAAAGAAUCAUGGAUCUAUUACUGCAGGACCUUCCAGAGCAUGAACAAAAUGGCACUUGGUUUCAAACUGCACAGCUGCGCAAGGCAGCAAUUGAAGGGGCAGAGGAGACAGUGGCGAACCUCCUUAGCGAUCAGGAACUUCAACUUAACAUUGUUGACCGGGAAAAGCGCACACCCUUAUAUCUUGCAGUGGCAAACAGACACACUGGAAUAGUUUCAUUGCUAGUCUCAUCCGGCCGCGAUAUAGGGAUCAACGUCGAGUGCGACCAGACUUUCCGGGAACGCCGCUCAAUUCAUCUAAAAACCGCGUUAUGUUAUUCGGCUUUCCAUGGUUAUAUCGACAUAGCGAAAAUUCUGCUCCAAUGCGAGGGCAUUGAUAUAACAUUCCGGGGCACAUCUAGGCUCCAUUGUUUAAAGGCCAUGAAUGCGUUUGAGACUGCGCGGGAAGCUGGCCAUCAUGAUAUAGUCGAUCUGUUCACUCAAAUCGAGGAAAUAUCACAGCAAGUUGAGCAGGGCUAUAUAGAAGGGGCGAUCACCGAACCUGAGGAUUCUUCUGAGCCACCUGCAAAACCCGACUUGUCCGGUUUUGGACACUCUACGAACGCGUUGGAGGACUCUCAUAAUCCGGGAAAAGUCAAUUUCGAAUAUCUGCCAUCUACAACCAAUAUCGAUGGCCGGAGCGGAGGUUGGGCCCAAGGAAAUGGCCAUAGUUAUGCCGUCGACACAGAUAUCAAACCCUUUGGCAGCGAGGAUGGUGGCUUUCCCAAGCCAACCCCAAUUCCUGACCUGUUCGCAUCCAGUCUCGAUUUCAGCGCGUUGGAGCAUCCAGACCCUCUGGAAAAUUUCGAUUUCGAUACGUUCCUAGACACAUAG